GUAGACCGUGUGGUUCACGAAUGAACCGUCCGGUUGGGUUCACGAAUCUUCCACCUAACUCCUCCCCAUCUUCUCCAUUUUACACAGCAACAAUCUUUCCUUCUCCUUGAAGAUCGUCACAAUGCUCUUUACGCCGUAUCUAUUUACAAAACCAUCGUUUCACUGAACACAUCAACAACCUCUUCUUCUUGAUGGAUAUAUUCGUUUUUUCUUUUUUUUUAGUGCUUUCUUGUUUGAGUGUUAUCGUAGUUGAUGCUAGUAAAGGUGAUGCUCAUCCUCUUUACAGGAGUUGUAUAAGACAAUGCGAGGAAACUGGAUGUGUUGGCCCAAAAUGCUUUCCACAAUGUAGUUUUUCGUCAGAUGGAGAACUUGUUGGUCGUCCAUGGUACAUUCAAGAACCACUAUAUCUACAAUGGAAAAAAUGGGAUUGUCUAAGUGACUGUCGAUACUACUGCAUGCUUGAUAGAGAGAAAGAAAAGGAAUUACUUAACCAUGACCCUGUCAAGUAUCAUGGUAAAUGGCCAUUCAAGCGUAUUUAUGGGAUGCAGGAGCCUGCCUCUGUGGCUUUCUCAGCUCUCAAUCUUGCGAUGCAUUUUCAUGGUUGGGUCUCCUUUUUCAUUGUUUUAUAUUAUAAACUGCCUUUAAAAGAUGGGAAAAAGGCAUAUUAUGAGUAUGCUAGUUUGUGGCAUAUCUACGCGUUCUUUUCACUCAACUCUUGGCUCUGGAGUGCUGUUUUCCACAGUAGAGACGUCGAUGUAACGGAGAAACUAGACUACUCAUCUGCAGUGAUUCUCCUUGGAUACUCCCUCAUUUUAGCCAUCUUACGAUCCUUCAAUAUUAGGGAUGAGGCUACCAGAGUUAUGGUUUCUGCUCCGUUGAUUGCUUUUGUGAUCACCCAUGUAAUGUACCUCAACUUCUACAAACUAGAUUAUGGAUGGAAUAUGAUAGUUUGUGUAGUGAUGGCCGUGGCACAACUUACCAUUUGGGCAGUUUGGGCAGGUGUUAGUCGCCAUCCUUCACGAUGGAAGUUAUGGCUGGUUGUUAUUUCUGGUGGCCUCGCAAUGCUACUAGAAAUAUAUGAUUUCCCUCCUUAUGAAGGAUUUCUCGAUGCACAUGCAAUUUGGCAUGCCACAACUAUUCCUUUAACUUACGUUUGGUGGAGUUUUAUCAGGGAUGAUGCUGAGUUUAGAACAGCUAGGUUUCUUAAGAAGGCCAAGUAGCUUACUUGUAAGUGUUUAUCUAUGUAUCAUCAUUAUAGAUUUUAGAUUCUCGGUUUUGUAUUCUAUUUGGAUGAUUGAUGGUUGACAUUUUAGACUGUUCUUGUCGAUAGUUCAGAAGAUCAUUUCAUGCACUCCCAUUUAUUUUCAUCUUUUUUAGAUGUUUACAAAUCUUACUUUUAGUAAUUGCUUAAUGAUUCUGUUCUGA